AUGCAAGUGAUUGCUGCUUUACUCAUCGCGAGCGUUCUUGCCGGCGUGCGGGCCGUCAUCCGCACACCUCUGGAAGCCUUCCGACCAUCGGGGGAAAUUCACAUCCGAAGACCUGACAAAUUACCACUUCUCCCGCACAAACGGACCGCGCAACCGAAAAGUGGACUCAAGAUUCUCUAUCAAACUGGAGUAUCGGAAGAAGAUCUUCCCGAUUGCAGAGCACGGCAGGUGUGCAGCAAAGUGGAUCUUUACGAUUCAACGCAACCCUGGAUUGAGAGGAAGUGUCGGUGUUUAGGGCAUAGACCAUGUUCUAGUGAGUUAUCUGAUGACGACAACCAUACACUAGCGGACAAAACCACGCUCUACAAAACCUGUGAGCCAGUGAAGAGAUUACCAAAGUGCCGGUAUUUCAAAGAUGCUGCAUGGAUCAUCUAUUCGUUCCCGGACAGUAACGCCACACAGCAAAUUGUCAACUGCCACUGUCCGAAACAAUCCGUUACGUAUCUCUUGAAGAAGCUACCGUAUACGACACCUAGCGGAGAACAGGGGAACCAGUACCAGUUCGCGUGCUCGCCGCAGAGUAGAUUGCGGUGUUCGAGAAAGGAGCCAUGCAAGCUUUUUAGUGCGAGACGUCGUCAUGAGCAAAUCGACGAAGUAAAUGCUAACACAAUAUGCCAGUGUCCGAGGGACCACACUUGCCCCAAACACCACACAGAGCCUGGCGUGCUUCCCGGCGUGACGUACAUUGCUGAAGACAUUCGCACGUAUCAUGGCUACUGUAUGCCCGAUCCUCCUCUCGAUUCAUACCGAUUUGUUGGUGACAAAGAC